CCCGAGAGGGCAGUUCCCGUGAUAUCACCUUUAUUUCCUCAUUUGUUAUGGUCACUGCAGUGCGGGGCAGCAACCAGUUAAUGGAGGGAGGAGGGGAAACCCCAGGAUUAGGAUUAGGCAGUAGAUGUCCUUUGAUCGUGUGUGUGCUUUGGGAGGCGGCAGCGACAGGUCCUCAACACAAAGUUUCCUCAACAGAAUAUUCAAUGGCUAAAAAGAAGUCCUGGUUAGUGUGCUGCUUCAUCUUUGCAGGUUUAAUCUGCGCUGUUGCUGUUGCCUGCCUGUGCAUCGUCUUACUUUUGGACACAGGCUGUUCCAGCGGCAGCUUCAAGCAUGCGGCUGUGUCUGCAGACUCGCAACUUUGUUCAGAAAUCGGCAGGAACAUGCUACAGCAGGGCGGCUCGGCAGUAGAUGGCACCAUUGCAGCUCUGCUGUGCACAUCAGUGGUCAAUCCUCAGAGUAUGGGGAUUGGUGGAGGGUCUAUAAUCAUUAUAAGAAAUAAAGAAGGUAAUGUUAAAGUGUAUAACUUCAGAGAGACCGUCCCGCAGUCCUUCAUGGCUAACCUGUUAAACGACUGCCCCACCACAUUCCAGUUUUCUACAGGCAGCCAGUGGAUUGGUGUUCCUGGAGAGCUGCGGGGCUAUGAGGCAGUUCACAGACAGUAUGGGAAGCUGCCUUGGGCCAAGCUGUUUGAGCCAACGAUCAGAUUGGCCAGGGAGGGCAUACCUGUGCCAGCCUAUCUGGCAAAACUCCUGAACUCCACAAAUGUGGCACACCUUGUGGAAGGCUCAUCUCUCUGUGAAGUUUUCUGCAAUAAGAAAAAAACUGUUCUGAGCAAAGGAGACAUCCUGAAGUUUCCUAAACUUGCUGAAACCAUGGAAACCAUUGCAGAGCAAGGGGCAGAUGCCUUCUACACUGGCAAGAUAGGACAUGAUUUAAUUGAGGACAUAAAAGCUGCAGGUGGGACAAUGAAAAUGGAGGAUCUGAAGUCCUACCAAGUGCGGGUGGAUGAUGCCUGGACAGUUCCUCUAGGAAAUGUUAAGAUGCACAUCCCUCCACCACCUGCUGGGGGCGCCCUGCUUGCCUUCAUUCUCAGACUCAUGCAAGAGUUCUCCUUGACUCAAAACUCUCUGGAUGGUGACCAAAAGAUCCUGUUGUACCAUCAUUUUAUAGAGGCAGUCAAAUUUGCUAAUGGACAGAAGAGGAGCAUUAGAGACCCCGUCUUUAACAAAGAGAAGACUGCAGAUCAUUUGAUUGAUCCCACCUUCAUUAAGCGCAUCAGGGCGAUGAUUUCUUCAGACCGCACCCAUGACAACUCCUACUACAACAAUAUCCAGCCUUCUCCUGAUCACAUUGGGACAACACAUGUGUCUAUCCUGGAUGAAGAUGGACUGGCUGUCUCUGCCACCAGCACUGUAAACCAGUUAUUUGGAGGAACAAUUUACUCCCGACGAACAGGCGUCAUCCUCAACAACGAGCUGGCAGAUUUUUGCGGAAGAGCAGACACAUUGAGGGCAGGCGAACAGCCUCCCUCCUCAAUGGCCCCAGUAAUACUGGAGUUAGCGUCCGGAGGAAUCCUUGUGAUCGGUGGAUCUGGGGGCAGCAUGAUUACUGCAGCAAUGGCCUCGUCUAUAAUGAAUCACCUGUGGCUGGGGAUGAAUCUGAAAGAUGCCAUUCAUGCUCCUAUAGUGUUUGUUGAUUCCAAGAACAAUUUGAAUUUUGAGCCUGGUUUUAACAAGUCUGUGAUAGAAAGCCUCAGGGCGCUUGGACACCAAUUUGGAAGGUGGAAAUACUUCCUCAAUGUAGUCAAUGCUGUGGAAAAGGAGAAUGGCUGUAUUGUGGCCGUAUCAGACAGAAGGAAGAUGGGAGUGGCAGCUGGAUACUGACCACACAGACCAUGAGGACUCAGCACCCUCCCACUAUAAUCCCCUUGAACUGACUAAAGGUCUUAAGAAUAAUGAAUGUGCCACAUCCCUGACAACAAAAUGUGAGUAAUUUGGUUCUUUGGUUCUUUCCUGAUGGAACUGAAGAACAAGUCACUCAAUCAGGAAAGAAGCAAACUUAAAGAAUCGUUUUAGUUCAUUAUAAGUUGAGUCUUGUUUUCCUUGUUUCAGUCAUCAUUUGUAUCAGUUAGACAACACUAUAGAAAGUAAUUGCAGAGUUCUUGAAAAUCGGCAGCUAAAGAACAUGGGGCAAGAAACAUGAGUGGUCAGAUGAUCACAUUAUUUCAUUUGAGGGCAAGAGUGCACAUAGUUGAAUUUUUAUUACAUUUUAGCAUGACCUUUAACCAAAUUUCCUGAAAAUCAUCACAAGAAUGUGGUGGAAUUAUGGAAUUUUCUCAAAUUAAUGCGUGAAACAAAUUUGCAUUUGAGAAAAUUUACUGUCUCUUAAUCACUCCACACAAGUCUGUUUUCAUCUACCACAAAGAGGAGGACAGUUAACUCACCAAGCAUAAUAACUUUUUUGCCAUUUCCACUGAAGCUUUUUUAUGGGAAAUAAGAAAAUGGACAUAAAGCUAAAUAUUAGCUGGAAGAUGUUCGCCUAAGCAGGGGUAGGGGUUAGGGUUAGUCCUAUUACCUGACUUUGACAACAUCCGGCUGCCUGCAGUCUAGGUUGCAGUCUUUAUCCACAGGCAGGGCUGCCUCAGAGGUUUGGGUAUUGAUCAUGAAAGUUCUUUUAUGAUGUUUGGGACAGAAAUUUGUCAAAAUAAUUUAAGUUCACUUACUAGUUUUUUCAACUGCAUCAGCAAAUAGAUGCAGUAGCUAAACUCUCUAGAAACAUCUAUUAAGUGAUUCAUCUUCAGAAUAAAUUUGGCUGUUUAAUCAUCUGACUGUCCAGAUUUCUUGCCCCAUCAAAAAAAAAAAAAAAAUUUUGCACUGUUGGCUUGUUCCCAGAUUUCAGCAAGUAAUUUACAGAGUGUGACUUGAGGAAUUGAUGGACAAAGCUAUAAAAAUGAGUUAUAAUGCUCUGGUAACUAACUCAUAAUUGGCAUGACAUUGGGCUGCUAUAUUCUUAAUCCUACACUUACUGUAAGAGCAAAUCAACAAUAAUCCAAAGUCACCCAAACCCAUUGCUGUGUAAUACUGUUGCAUCAAUGAAUGUUGUGUUUUCUGACAUAACUGUUUUCUGUACAUGAGCCAUGUACCUUUGACAGUGGCAUCCUGACUGGCAUACUGUAUGAGAUGAAGGUUGUUGCUUGAUGUUGGCUGCCAUAUAAGGGAGUUUUACUGUGACCUUAAGGAUUUUAAUAUGGGAGCCAGCUUUAUUCAGGUCCCAGAGUACACUGUGAUCAUUGUUUAAAAUUCAAGGAAAUGCUAUAGAAUUAGUUUUUUAAGUCAACCAGCAAGUAGAUUUAGAAUGAACAUUGUCUCAUAUGUUGUAUUUUUAUAACACUAACAUGCCAUUUUGUACUUUCUCUGAGUUUUAAUGUGCCAAAAUGUUUUGUAAAUUACACACUUUUGCGAUUCCUAACUGUGAAUAUGUGUUGCCACAAUAAACCUGAC